AUGAAGCCUAUCAGUAUAGGCUAUAUGACAAGCCUUGUUCAGAAUAUCAUUACACUCAUAGGCAACUGUGAGAACAAGUUUGUGCUUGCUGGUAGCGAGGGCCACCGCCUUGUGGCUUACCAGACUGUUCGGAGCACCCCGAAAAUGCAACACCAGAUUUUCAAGGGAGGACGGCACAACGAACCCAGUCAACUAGCCACAAUGCAGUUGCAGAACCACAUUGCCAGAAGAAGGUCAAGAUUGCUAAUCUCAGAUGGGGAGAUUGAAGCAGGCAGCUCACAGCUCCUCGAGAUGACCCUCUCACGUAUCCGGCUUCCAGUACAAGUCUUUCAUAUCUCUAUGAAAGAAGCUGCAGAUUUACUAAUAGCAUGUCUUGCCUAUUGUUGUGAAGUCCCAAUACUGCUCUCCGGAGCGCCUACACCAAAUGGCGUGCUCCUGGGAGAGAUUGAUGCUGGGAUCGACAAAUUCUCGGCUUGCCUCUCCGCCUUUGAUGCAGGAUCUGCCGGGGCGCUCGAAAAGGCAAUAAUGGACGAAUCUGGCCUGGCAGUAGAUUUCAUGCCACACAUGGAGACCUUCCUUGUUUCCUCAUUCAUUCUUGCACUGCGCGACUCGGCAACUCAGAUUCUGCAUAUGCUUCGGCAUGUAAGGAGUCUUGCAGAAAGAAGACAGAGACGACAUGAUAAAUUCCGGAUCUGGAUUCCUCAAUACAAGAAUCUAAGGAACUGGCUAACAUCCGGUGGUGAAGCUGAUGCCAGGGUUCUUCCCAAAGGAGCCAACAAGGCAGCUCGUCAGGGGCUUUCAAGUUCAUCUCCCGAGGAAAAGGCCGAGCCAUUAAGCGACAAGUUCCAGGAUCCAGCUGUGGCCAAGGAUGAGGAAUCGCGUCCCGAGAUCAUUAGUUGUUACAAGUCUAAAGAGACACAAAAAUUACCAAGCAAACCAAACAGCCGGGAAAGAAAACAGUCCCCGCGUCGCCUCAUUGCGCAGUUCCGAGGUACAGUGGCGGACGUCUUGGAGUGGACCCAACAGUCUGACGAUGUCGAGCAUGCAUCAAAUGCUAGCUACAGCGAAGUGAAAGGGGUGUGGGCUCCCAUGCAACUUAUUCUUGUAUUCAAGGUUGCCAUUGGCACAUCCUUAUUUGUUUUUACCGUUAGACUCUUUGGUGUCAUCUUUGGUUGCGUUGUUGGAGAUCUUUCGGUGGAAAUUGGACGAGGUAAUCGCGUUGCUGCUGUGGUAAUUCUUCUUUUUGGUGUAGUACCGUCUGUGUAUGUCCAGGUUGCAACCAAAUAUGUCAAGGCAGGGAUGAUGUCGAUUGCGUCGUUGGGGGUUGUUGCUUUGGCUGCGAUCAAUGAACCCACUGCGGCCUCACAUGUCUUCUACGAACGGCUAGUUGCGUUUCUGGUCGGUGGUCUUGUGGCCAUGGUAGUUGAAACACUCGUCGUCCCCGUGCGAGCCAGAGACCGGCUGGUAGAGUCUCUAUCUACAUCGGUUCGUCAAGUCCAGAAGAUGCAAGCCGCCGUGGCGGUUGGUAUCGAUGACCCAGAGAGGCCGAACUUUCGGUCCUCGAAGCUUUUGACCCGUUUUAUCCAUUCUCGCGACAAGGCUCAAGAGGCACUAGCAGCGGCUGAGAUGUUCUUGCCGUUCUGUCUCACUGAACCACGUCUGAAAGGGAGUUUCAAGCCAUUGGCGUCAAUUUACAAGGAAAUUGUUUACGUCCUACACCAGAUCAUCGAUCGAAUGGGCAACGUGGUUCAACUACGCAGGGCAUGUGGUUCAUCCAUCUUGGAGGACUUGAACUCGCGAGUGUACACGUACCGUAGAAACGUUGCCGCCAGCAGUACUUUGAUCCUCUUUUCAGUGCAGGAAGCGCUCACUACGUGGCUACCGCUACCUCAAUUGCUCCUAUCGGCUCGUCUAGCACAGUUAAGACUCAUCAACCGCAUUCGGGAGCUGUUGAUAGGGCAGGAUCCAAAGGGGCCGAAACCAAACAUGCUGAAGUACCAGCGAGGGAGGCCUAAUCUGGAUAAGGAGACGGCAAGUCUGAUAACCCAACACAAGUUUUUAUCUUGGAAUGCCAGCACAUCUGGGCAAAUAGAGAUAAUUGAGUAUCUUGAAGAGCUGGCAGAGCUGGUAAAAUUGCUGGUUGGCGUCAAUGCCUUUUGA